UUGACCUCCGGUGACCUGUACACCUCAUCAAAGAUGGCGGACCCGGUAGCUGUGGAUGCAGAUCCGAAACUGGAGGAUCUGUCCCACUUGUCUGAUGAGGAAAGAUGGAGGAUUGAGCACCAGCGUCUCCAUGAGAAGCACCGUGGCCAUGAGGCGAUGCACGCGGAGAUGGUUCUGAUCCUGAUCGCCGUGCUGCUGGUGGCACAGAUACUACUGGUACAGUGGAAACAGAGACAUGCCAGGUCUUACAACGCUGUAACAUUGUUUGGCCUGUGGACCAUCCCCCUGUACUUCACCCUGAAGCUGCUAUGGUGGCGCUUCUUCUCUACCUGGGUCAUCUUUUCUGCUGUCACCGGCUUCAUCAUCUACAAGGCCACGAGGAGACCGCUUUCUGGAAACACACCAAGACUGGUGUACAAAUGGUUCUACCUCCUGUACAAAGUCAGCUAUGGUCUGGGACUGCUGGGGUAUUUUGCUGUCAUGUUCACUUUUCUGGGUGUCAACCUUAUCUUCAUGAUCAAACCUGAAACUGCCAUGGAUUUUGGAGUGGUGACAAUAUUCUACGGACUGUACUAUGGAGUUCUGGGGAGGGACUUUGCUGAAAUCUGCGCUGACAAGAUCGCUGCCACAAUAGGGUACUACUCCACCACAGGAAUGCCGACACGUCACCUGGAGCCCAAUGUUUGCGCGGUGUGCGGACAGAAGAUUAUCAUACACGAGGAGGAUGAUGGCAUCAUCGAAAAGACAUACAGAUUAGGCUGUGACCAUCUAUUUCACGAAUUCUGCAUCCGGGGCUGGUGCAUUGUGGGAAAGAAACAGACCUGUCCCUACUGCAAGGAGAAGGUGGACCUGAAGAGGAUGUUCUGCAACCCCUGGGAACGUCCACAUGUACUCUACGGGCAGCUAUUGGACUGGCUACGUUACCUGGUGGCCUGGCAGCCGGUCAUCAUAGGCAUCGUCCAAGGCAUCAACUUUGUGCUUGGUUUAGAAUGAUGCAGGGUUUAGUCAGUAGUUAGAACAGAAAAAUAAAUGCCAACUUUUGUCAGGUGGGUCUGAAACGUGUAGGUUUGGGGCGAUUCAAAACAUUUGUAAACUACUCUUUCUGAUAUAGAACCUGUUCCUACAAGUCUCUGUGCCUUAGUAGCACAUGAACUACAUGAAACGUUAUCUGAUGUAUUUAAUCUUCUUAUUUAAUUAGGUACCAAAUAUUGCUUGUUUUGCCCUCAAGGUCAGAUGGUGUUCUUUAAGUAACCAGUUAAUUCUUACCAGUUGGCUUUACACAGUACCUCCAGAGUUUGUUUUUAUUUUAUUGUAGGGCAGGCUUGUAACAAAUGCUGGGAAAUCCUUCUUCAGUUAAGGUACUGUUACAGUUAAUGUUUUUGUAUGGGAAUUUUGUGCAAUGAUUGGCAUUAGUCUUCCCUAUACUGUUUCAGGCCACAUAAUUCUUUUCCAAACGCUAGCGUACUACUAAUCGCGCUCCUGGCGGCCGGCCACCCCGAAGUUGUGGGGGUCAUUAACCUCUGGCCGAGAGCUUGUGUAACACAGGCUAGCGAGCGUACCAAUCUGUUAGAACUUUUCUGACCAGAAAGCUGUGAACAACUGUUGUUUGUUAUUGCUGAAAAGGGUCCUACAUUUAUGGACUUUUCAUGUACAAUACCUCCUAUAUCUUUUUCAAAUCUUUUAUUUCAAGUCACAUGAAGACACUUCUAAAACUAUUUUUGGCAAACUUUUGGAAACAGACCAGCCAACUUGUGUAAGACGUGACAGAAAGCAUCUUUAUUUACUCAGAUAUGGAAGAACAAUCACACAAGAAUAGAUCACCUGCAAGGACAGAAAAAAUUUGUACAGUAUAUACAAGCAUGAUUAUAAUGUAAUAAAUGCUUAUUCUUCAUUUCAA